AUUGUAUCACAUUGUUUGUGUCAUAUUACUACGCUGUAUUUUGACUCGCUCUUGUCUCGUCUUCAGCCUCUUAAAGACUUCAAUUUAAUGAAUUUGGUUAUUUAUGCAGGAGCUGGAUGCUUUACAGAAUUCAAUUACUUUGUUGAUCGACGAUCUCCGUAAGACCUUGGAUAGCUCCGACUACAGCUAUUUACUUCAAUCGAUUAUUGAGUCCAACAGGCAAGAUUUGGAGCUUGAUUUCGAAGUCCUUCCCUUAAUUUCUAUAUUUAGAACCUCACUCAACCUCAACAAAACGCCGACAGACAAUUACGCCGAGGUCUUACAAUCAAGUUUAAAGAACCUAAGGGACAAAACACCCUGUCAUAAAAUUCAAGGCAUUUUGUCUCUUUUUGCGAAGCUAAAAUUCCAACUUCAAUUGCCUUUCGACGACAGCAAAAUCGAACUUGCAGAUGGCGAAGAAAUUCUGUGGACGUCCUAUGGGAUUGCCAACUGCACGAGAGUGCUUCGAAAGCUGCUAUUUGAUGGACAGAUCAUACUCACCAACUACAGACUGAUCUUUUUAGAGGGCUGCACUGAUGUCUUUUUAGAUCAAUCUACCCAAGAAAAUGCGUCUCUUUGGUCGAAGAAAUACCAUAUCAUACCGUUGGGCCAGAUAAUGCAUUUUACAAAAAUGAACGAUUCGAAGAUGGUGUCUAAAGUGAAGAGAGUCUUAUUGAUCACAAGAGAUGUUCGAAUUCUGAAACUCGGGUUUAUUUCCGGAUCUCACCGACGAAAGGAAAUGUUCAUUAAACUCCGCGAAUAUUUCAGUAACAUGCCUAGGAGCCUAUUUUGUUGGUCUGCCAAAGAUCCGUCUGCCUAUGUAAAGCUUCUUCACACCACUAACAGAGACAUGGUUUCUCGCUCUGUUCUCUUUGAACACAAACAGUCUUUGCUCGACGGAUGGACUUUUUAUGACGUAGAUAAGGAAUUUGAAAGAAUGGGGGUUUCAAAAGACAACCAAUGGACUUGCACAAUGACCAACGAUGGCUACAAACUCUGUCCCACUUAUCCCAAACAGCUUUGGGUUCCUGCCGGAUGCACCGCUGAGCUUUUGAUGUCAGCUUCAGCAUUUCGUUCUCGCAAUCGACUCCCUGCGUUAGUCUAUUAUCACAAAAGCAGCAAAUCGGUCAUUAUGCGCAGCUCCCAGCCGGCUGUCGGUAUAAGCAGAAGGCGCUCUAGAGAGGACGAACUGCUUUUAACUAAAAUUCAGGAAGCCAACCCGAUUACUCAAGAACUCGUCAUAUUCGAUGCUCGUCCAAAAGUUAAUGCCGUUGCCAACAAAGCUAUUGGAUAUGGCUACGAAGAUGUUCAAAACUACGGAGGUUGCAAACUAGUUUUCUGUGACAUCGAAAAUAUUCACACAAUAAGAAACUCUCUCAUAAAACUGUAUGACGCUAUUCUCGAUGAGGAGUCUUCUAGGCAUAAUUUGAGUGUUCAAAAUAGCGCCUGGGUCUCUCAUCAAUAUCAGCUGUUCAGCUCUGCCGUCAAAAUCGCUAAAACUGUCGCGCUGAAAAACCAAUCGGUCCUGGUCCACUGUAGCGAUGGCUGGGAUCGAACUACCCAAUUAGUGUCCCUGACGAGCAUAAUGCUAGAUCCUUACUACCGCACUUUGAACGGGUUUGUUGUUCUCAUAGAAAAAGAUUGGAUCUCAUUUGGACACCAGUUUUCUUUACGCCAUGGCUACGAUGGCUCCAGCUCCUCUGAAAGGGCCCCUAUUUUCCAGCAGUUCAUCGAAACCGUUUGGCAAACUCUGCACUUAUUUCCCAAACACUUCGAGUUCAAUGAAAAUUUCCUGAUUUUUUUACUAGACCAAAUAUACAGCUGCUACUUUGGGACCUUUCUGUACAACUCCCAAAAAGAAAGAGUUGAGGCUAAACUCAGUCAACAAACACUCAGUCUGUGGGACGUCAUCUUGUUUAAACCCUAUCGUUCCAGAUACAUUAACCGCUCCUACGUGCCUUACAACAGCAUCCUGAUCCCAAACAUCAACGAAAAUAUUUUUGUUUUGUGGGACAACUACUACUUCCGCUACACUAAAAAUUAGCGUUCCGCCCCUCUUGAGCGAGGGCGAUAUCAAAACGUCUGAAGAGACUAAAGUUUGGCUCGCCUCUAAUGACUUUAAUACAUUUUCCGGCA